CCCAAAAUCGAAACCUUCAAAAAGGGGGGUUGCUGCUCAUCUUAUAGAGAGAGAAAGAUAGAGAGAGAGAGAAAUUCUAGGUUAAAAAUGUCUGGAGGAAUUGCGCGCGGACGACUUGCGGAGGAACGCAAAGCCUGGCGGAAGAACCAUCCCCAUGGUUUUGUGGCUAAACCAGAAACCCUACCUGAUGGUACAGUGAAUUUGAUGGUGUGGCACUGCACCAUCCCUGGCAAAACCAAUACUGAUUGGGAAGGUGGUUGUUACCCACUGAGUAUGCAAUUCAGUGAAGACUAUCCAAGCAAACCUCCAAAGUGUAAAUUCCCACAGGGCUUUUUCCACCCGAAUGUUUACCCAUCUGGAACUGUUUGUCUCUCGAUCCUCAACGAAGAUAGCGGGUGGCGCCCAGCAAUUACAGUGAAGCAGAUUUUGGUGGGCAUUCAAGAUUUGUUGGAUCAGCCAAAUCCUUCCGAUCCAGCACAAACUGAGGGAUACCAUCUUUUUAUCCAGGAUUCGGUUGAAUACAAAAAGAGAGUACGGAGCCAAGCCAAGCAGUAUCCGCCUCUUGUCUAAAAGUAGGCGAAGUUUGUUAUGUUAUGGAGAUUUCAUUAUUUUAGUUUUAUGGGUCCCAAGUAAUAUUCUCUAUUUGAACACUAAAGGCUCUGUUGUUAAUACCCAAACCCAUAGUGAGGAUUUGCAAGUCGAUGUUUUCUUUGUUAGUGUGUGCUCUGCGUGUUUCGUGUUGGAUCCUUUUAAGUUGUAAUAUGACGUUUUCGCUAACUUUAUGCUCGUUGAUCUUGUUUGCACACAUCUAAGGACAUAGAUGAAUUUCUUCUGUUUUUUUUU